AUGCCUGAUUCCUAUUUGGAUACCUUUAUUAAUUACAGAGAGGAAGGCACGAACAGCUCUGCUGCACCUGUAUCUCAGUACUGGGGUCGAGGGUUCGACUCCCAUCACUUUGACUGUGCCUCUAGAACCUUUUCGGUAGAUGUAUCCCAUAAUCCCCCUUCUACAUACACUGUAAAGGACCUGAACUCGGAUGAAUUUGACAUUGAACCCUCGAGGCCACUCAGUCAAAUCAGUCAGACCAGAAGUGUAGCAUCGGGGGACACGACGUUUUUCAUCCAAGAGGGUCUACGGCAGCUGUGUCUCUCUGCUACAAACACAUCAAAUGGACUCAUACAACAUAAAAGUCUUGUUUUUUUAAAAGACACCGAAACAGGAUUCAAAUCUCUUCAUUUCGCCUUGGGUUCUGAAUGGACUUUCCCUUUUCAACUUCGGCCUCUGUGUGAUUAUAAUUUGCUGGUAAUAAGGGGAUAUGAGACGAAGAAAUAUUUGUUUUUUAUUAAUGCUGUGGCUGUAUGUUCAUUUAAAUCACACAUGACACAGAAUGAAGUGUAUUUGCUGUAUGGAAAAGCCUGUAUCCAUUCAUUAUCCCCCGGACCAAGGCCAUCCUAUGACUUUUACCCUGUCACGCACCUGUAUCGUAGUAAACCAAUUCUUUAUUUCCUAGACAUAUUUAACAACAGUGGCGGUAUCAUGGAAAAAUACAUCAAGAACCUUGGGGGAGACCCAGCAUCAACUCUGAACAGGAGGCUUCAGGGCCUGUUCUUCAGUUCUAGCGCUGACCCCCUCACUGGCCAGCCUCCGGCUGUAUCUUACUACGGAGACCAGAGAAUCCACAUCCACAUCGGUUUUAUGAUUGACCAAAGCAGGAAUUUGUAUUUCGCGGACUUUUAUUGUCAUUACGUCAAUCAUCGCGUGACAUUAGUUAUUACGUUGAAAGGAAGCGAGGCUGACGCAUUUUGUCGACAAAGACUCCGGGCCUUAGACCCUGCGUAUAAUGAGUUUCUCUACCGCCGUCCACAUGAACAUUAUGCCAUGGUGAAUACUAAAGUCACAGUGGAAGUGUUUUAUACUGAAGACAUAAAUAUAUUCAGACUUUUAAGAUUAAAUUUAGCAUAUUUAACUUCAGUUCAACAGUCAAGUAAUGCUGAAUUAAAAACAGUAAUUGGUCUUCCGAAAAGAAUAGAUUGUAAAAUUUGCAAUAUUAAGAAACCUUUGUAAUAUUUUUGGUUACUUUGGUAAGUUUUGGAGUAAAAAAAUUAGUAUGCUUUUAGACAUGCUAUUUUUUUCUUGCAUACUAGUUUUUUUUUUAUGUAUAUUGAUAUAUUCAAUCCGGAUGUUUUGAAUUUAAGUAAUCCUGAGGACAAAUCUUUACAGCUCUAAAAGCGCAAUCAUACCUUUAAUAAAUAUAAUUGAUUUGAAAAAAUGCAUACUGUUUUUUAUGAAAGAUAAUGUUUUUCACUUUCUAAUUUCGUUAAUGUAUUCCGGUCUUAUAUCGCACUGUUAAAGUGACAUGGGAACCUUUUACCUUUUAUGGUAUAUAAAAAUAAUUAAAUCUACAAAUUCUCUAAAAAUGAAUUUUAUUUUUGUACAAAAUGUCACAGUGUUAUAUUGGAGAAUUUCCAUGAUGAAGUUAAUGUUUGUUUAUAACUUAAUCCUCAACCUGAAAAUAUUCAGAGUAUAAAAUAUUACAUAAAUACUCUCCCGCAGACCAAGAAUGAAAUGAGCCAUACUACUUUAUUCUGAUGAAUUUUGCAAGUUCAUUGUUAACUCCACAAUACCUAGAAAUGCAGAAAUUAGACAAAAGCAUUAUAUCAAAGCAGUACAUGGGGUCUUUUUUUUAAUCAAAGCCAUGUAUUACAUUUUAAAUAUUACAUUCUCUCAGACAUUUCAUUUUUGUAAAUACCAGUCAAAUAUUUUCAAAUCUAAGAAAUUCCUCAAUAUUUUACCAUUUUUAUAACCUUCAUGAUUAUUUCAUCAAUAAUACGUUUUAUUUGUAAUCCUUCAUAGUUAAUGAAAUUAAAAAAAAGACAGAAUUGUUUCUGUGUUGGCUAAAUGAAAUGCAAUCUGUUAUCACCGAAUUAUGAAAAGUACUUUUAAGAAAACUGUCUUUUUUCUGCAGUAAUAAAGGAUUAUUAAUUAGUAAAAAGAAAGGACCGAAAUUAUUUCCAUCUGGAAAACUGUGAUAUAUUGAGUAAACCUGUCACUGGGUAGAUAACACCACAGGAAUCUAGUUAAUGGUUAACGGCGUCAAGAGCUUUUUUAAAUUGAAAUUUAACACAUGCCGUUAAAAGGUACUUAAGAUGUAUUGCUUAUAAUUGAAUCUAACGUAUUUCAAAUGUAAUUAAACGUCGCAAAGUACAUUUGAUAGUGAUAUUACUGAAAUUUUAUCAUGCUAUUGUAAUUCUUUUUUAUUUUUUAUUUCUAUACUUAUUUUUGUGUAUUUUAUGUCAUUUGAUGUUACUGUUUUUCUAUCUGCUUAGAACUUAAGUAUAAAGAUAUUAAUAUCGUUGUGUAUUUACAAGUA